AUGGAACGCAGUACCACCGGAGAGGCGGAGAUGGAGGUGGAUGAUGUGGAGUGCAGCAAGUCGGCCAUCAACCAAUGGUCCGUCGUCAAGCCGUUUGGCGGCUGUCAACCGCCGAAGCAACGAUCGCUGCAUGCGAGCAUCGUCGUCGGCGAUUGCCUCUACAUCUUUGGAGGGUACGAUGGUAGCAGCAGGGUGAACGACUUCUACAAGUUCAGCUUCAAGGCUUCGAAGUGGUCGCAGAUUCACCCUGCAGGGAGUAGCCCGACGGCGCGUGACCGGCACGUUGUCGUGUCCUAUGCCGAGAAAAUCUACAUCUUCGCGGGCUACGACGGCAACAACCGUGUCAACGACUUCUGGCAGUAUGACACCGAGCACGAGGUGUGGAGCACGGUGGACCCGGCCCUGGGGAACCCACCAACUCCGCGCCACAGCCACUCCGGGGUCGAGUACGACGGCUCCAUGUACAUCUUCGCGGGUUACGAUGGGAACUACAGGAGCGAUUUUCACCGCUACAACUUCCCGCAGCGGAAGUGGUCCAUAGUGCCUGUCAAGGGAUCCGUGCCCAAGGCACGCUACAGGACAUCGGCCGUGGCGUACAAGAAUCGUAUGCUCGUGGUCGGUGGGCAUGACGGUGCCAAGCACUUGAACGAUUUCUAUCAGUUCAACUUCGAUACGCUCGAGUGGUCGUCCUCAGGGGCCCAAAGAGGGAUUUGUUUUGGUGGUGGAAUGCUUCUCAGCAGUAUUUCCUGA